AUGGUGAUGGUCUGUGGUGUAAGGAGCAUGCGUGGAUGAAGCAGUAACAAAGCGAAGGCUGAGUGUCUCUGCAUUGGGUAUUCUCCGCUGGAAGAAGAGAUCGGGGAGUGCUGCGGGCAGUGCAGGGACAAGGAGGACCGCUGUACAGCGGGAUUGGGGACGUGUGACAGCUCGCAGUCACCUUUUCUGACACCCUCACUGUCCAACCAUUGCGCUGUCCUUUGCCUGUGCGAUUGGAGGAGGAAUAGGGCAGAGACGCUUGCCUAUUGGAUGCCCACAUCGGACGACCCUGCCGCUCCCACCCGCACACCUGGCAGCUCCUGAGAUGAACAAGUUGCGGCAGAGCCUGAGGAGGAAAAAACCAACGUAUGUUCCGGAGGCCAGCCGCCCGCACCAGUGGGGGGCAGACGAGGAGUCGGUGAGGAGGGGGAAAUGCAGUUUUCCUGUCCGGUACCUGGGGCACGUGGAGGUGGAGGAGUCGCGAGGCAUGCAUGUAUGCGAGGAUGCCGUCAAGAAGCUCAAACUGCUUGGGAAGAAAUCUGUGAAAGCGAUUCUGUGGGUCUCCGCUGAUGGCUUGCGGGUUGUGGAUGAUAAGACGAAGGACCUCAUUGUAGAUCAGACCAUAGAGAAAGUUUCGUUCUGCGCUCCUGACCGCAAUUUUGACAAGGCGUUUUCAUAUAUAUGCCGGGAUGGCACCACCCGACGCUGGAUCUGCCACUGCUUCUUGGCCCUGAAAGAUUCUGGGGAACGCCUGAGUCAUGCAGUAGGCUGUGCAUUCGCUGCUUGCCUGGAACGAAAGCAGAAGCGUGAAAAAGAGUGCGGAGUCACUGCGUCCUUCGAUGCCAGCCGUACCAGCUUUGCUCGUGAAGGUUCCUUCCGUGUCACCUCUGCAUCUGGCCAAAGCGACCGAGAAGAGACUAUGCGGCAAGUUCAAGAAAAAAAGAAAGGUCUGACAAAUGAAGGAAAUCAGAGCCAGUCAUCAAAUGCAUCUUCCCUGACUGCCUCUCCCAGUACUGGACUACCAGCCCAGACCGAGAACUCUUCUCCCCUGCAGGGGUCUUCGGUCCCAUCAGAGAAGGCAGAGAUGGGGGGCCAGCAUGCCAUCCCACGCCGACACGCCCCCAUAGAACAGCUUGUAAGACAAGGAUCGUUCCGCGGUUUCCCUGCUCUUAGCCAGAAGAAUUCACCCUUCAAACGUCAGCUGUCACUGAGGCUCAACGAGCUCCCAUCCACACUGCAGCGCAAAACUAAUUUCCAGGACAAGGGCCAAGUCCCAGAAAUGGAUCCUACAGGACCACCUGACCCAGAUGGAAUUACUGACCUGUGCAACCAGAUCAAUAGCUCCUUCACCAACAAAUCAUCUGAAGAUCACUAUGUGAAUGGGAAUGGGAUGAGAACCCCACCUAACGUGGCUUGUCUCCCUCCUCCUCCUCCUCGACAGGCAGUACAAAGCAUGCCAGUUUGGCCAGAUCAAGCUGUGACCACCAACUCAACUCCUUCUAACGUCCAAAUGGGUCACCGUCGUACACCGUCUGAAGCAGAACGCUGGCUGGAAGAGGUAGCAAAGGCAGCCAAAGCCCAACAGCAGCAGCAACAGCAACAUCCAGAGCCCUUACCGCAGCCUAUGGUGGCUAUACCGAUGGGAGUACCAGCUUCAAUACAGGCUUAUCCUGUUUCAUAUGAUGCCGCUCCUGCCCCCGUGGGUAUGUUCAUCACCCCUCAUAUGCAGCCUGCCUAUGUUCCAGUGGGUGCUUAUGUCCCACCCAUGGCCAACAGCAUAUCCUACCCUACACCAAGCGUACCGGUGGUAGGCAUCACACCUUCCCAGAUGGUGGCCAACGUUUUCUGCUCUGCCACCCAAGCACCCUCGUCCAACCUGGCAAGCAAAACUAACCCAUUCCCUCACAGCAUAAUGCACUCUUCAGCCACAAGUGUCCACAACCCUGCCCCAACCCAGCCUCACCUGUCUGGACCAAAGUCAAACAACCCUGCCAACGGUACUUGGCCUCCAGAUCCCAGCCAGCUACGACUGGCCUCCACCGCACAAGAAGUGGACCAGUUCGAAGCUCAGUGGGCAGCACUCGAGUCCAAAUCUCAGCAACGCCUGGCCAACCCUUUCUCCAAUGAACUGCAGAAGACCUUCCAGAUAGAAUUGUAGCCAACCUACUCAUUACUCAGACUUUGUUCAGGAACCACCACCAGUAAUUGAUCAGCCAUGAAGAGCCAUGUGACGGAACCUCAGAGGUUCCAAAUCCCAAACGGGUGGUUGGGUAAAACUGGAGUUCAUGUGACCCCCUCCCCACCCCCCUCCAAUGACGACAUCUGUACUGAUGGAUACAAACAAUAGAGUUGUAUGUUAACCUAAUAGCAACAUUACGAUAUAUUAGGGUGCUGAGGAUUGUUUGGACUGAUACGGGAAGUGAAUUACCAUUCCAGAAAGAUGUUUUUGGUGGGAACAAUGUACAAACGGGACACGGAUUCGGCAGAUAAAAGAAAGUUAUAAUAAGUUGUCUUUGUAAGAGGGUUUGGUAGGUAAGGCAGAGGCACGAGGCACGUGAUGUGAAGGUCUGUGAAGGAUGUAAUAAAGAUGGUGCAGAUGUCUCA